AUCAGCAUCAUCAGCAGCUACAUUGGCGUGCAGGGAUCGGUGCCUCAUCAGGACAUGGCCAUCGCGACAGCAGUGCUGAACCUAAUCUCCUCAAUCGGCAGCUCUAUCACUGUUGCGAUCUCAAGCGCUGUCUGGAAUAAGGAGGUGCCGGCAAACCUUGAGCGUUAUGUCGGCGACAUUUACAACGCCACUGGUCGCGCAGAGAUCUUCGGCUCCAUCUACAUCGCUCGUCUGGCUGAGCCCCGCCCCCUUAUCCAGCAGGCCUAUAUGGAAUCAACCAGGGGUCUCUUCCUUGCCGGUCUUAUUGUCAGCUUUGGGUCCAUCAUCGCGGGCGUCUUUGCUCGGAACUUCUACCUGACCUCGGCGCACAACGCUGUUGAGCCGCACAAGAUCAUUUCUAUGAGCAAGAAGGAUGAUGAUGAGAGUCACGAUCACAAGGCGGGUUGGUAA